AUGAAUUCUAUUUUCAAUUACGCAUCUGACUGCCCAAACGAACAUUACAUAACCGACCUGUUGGAUCUGAGAGAGCAGUUAGCCGAAAUCGAAAAGUUAUUAACCGCAUCGUCGGCGAAAAAAAAUUUUCGUUAUGAAUUCGUCGAGCACUACGUUGACCUGACAGCCGCGGACUAUGUCCUUUCUCUACAAAACAAAAUCAUUCAGAUGGAGGGCGUGAAAAUGUUUUUAAAUGAGAACCAGAUGUUCGCGAACGGGUCAUUGAUUGAAGACCUUAUCGAGUUAGUUUUGCCGAGUUGUCAAAAUAUGCUGAAACUUUUAGAAGAAAUUUCGUCUCAGCAAGAUAGUAUUGUUAGCGUUGCCUCGAGGCUUACCGUCAAUGAUAACAAAAAUGAUGAUGUUAAUAAUAAUAUUGUUAUCAUUAAUGUUAAUAAUGACAAGAGUACUGACCAAGUUAAUAAUGAUAGCAACAAAUGCAUUGAUGUUCCCUCCGAAAAUGAAAAAUCUUCUUUUGCUAUCAACUCCUCUAUUAAAAAUUCAACUUAUGAAACUGUACCAGCAGUUCAAGGUAAAACCUCAACUGACUUGAAACAAACUGGCCUUAACGGUUUGAAAUCUGAAUAUGAAACAUGUGAUGAUGAUACCAAGUAUUUCGAGACUACUGAUAACUUGUUAGCCAAUUUCAAAGUAAAACCAGCUGAAAUAGUUCUAGAUGAAAAUGUUAACGACAUGAAAUUAACUAAUGAGAACGGCUUGAAACUAGCUAAUAAGAUCGAUUCAUAUUCUGAUGAAAUCGACUCAAACUUAGCUAAACUCGAUUCAAAUCCAGCUAAGAUCGAUUCAAACUUAGCUAAAUGCGACUCAGGACCAAAGCACAAGGAAGACAAGUUUAAAUCGGAAGAGAUUAACGAAAUAACAACAAAAAGAAAGCCAAACACUGACGACAUCAGCACAAUAGAAGAUAUGAAUUCUUCUUUAUCCUUCGAAAUUAUGACUUCUAAAUCGAUAAAUCUUGCCAAUCAGCUGUUUUCUUUGCACAAAAUCUAUAUGAAUAAUAAUAAUUUGGAUUCUUCCACUUCUUUCACACGUAAAAGUAAAAACUAUUCCGAAGAGAAUGAAGCAAAAGAAACGAAUUAUACUAUUCUAGACCUCAAUGACAGCAAUUUAUUUUCUAUUCCAGAGACUGUCCGAAACGAAACUGAAGCUAAUUUUGACUGGGAAUUUUUCAGUUUGGACCAUAUAGAGAACAAAUUCAAUAGCGAUUUGUUACAACCUCAAAGCGUCAACAUAUCAGAUUUUUCCGAUGAAAGAGGCUAA